CUUAACUAUUACUAAUUAGAGAUCUCAAUGAUCUGUCUUUUUAAUUAUUGGAAUAUAACUAGAAUAAACAUUUGUAUAGGAACUAAAAUUCCAUUUAAUCCCAAAAAAUUAAUCAAUAUGUCAGAUAUGCUCAAUACUUUGAAUUUUCUGCCAAUAAAAUAUGAAAUAAUCAUUUGUGGAUUAACUAAUUAAAAGGGAAAGAAACAAACAUAUGAGUUCUAUCAAUCAAAAUCAUCAAUCAGUUGAUUUGAAUCAAUUACAAACAGAUAUUGAUUUACAUGAAAAGCAAAUAUUACAGAAUUCAAAGUUAUCUAUAAAUAAUAAUAUUCAUUCAAAUCAUUAUCUAAACAAAUCUGAUCAUAUUUCAAUAACGAAUAAAAGAUUUAAUUGUAAAAAUACAACAAUGUCUGUAUUACAAUCUAUAUUACAUGCUGGUUCAAUUGAUUCUAUUCCAGUGUUAGUAACUCGAUGUAAUGCAUGUUUAAUGUGUUUAAAAGAUUUAAUACGACAAGCAUACGAUUUAAUCAUUCCUGGUUCACCAUAUUAUUCAGUAAUCUUAAUGAAAACUCCUCUUUCACCGGCAAUUACAGCACAAAUUCUUGAAAGUUUGAAACUACCAGAUCAUCCACUUGUUAAAGUUGCCAAUGAUAGAUGUGCAUCAUGUGCUACACGAUUUAUUCAAUUAAAAAUUGACGCACUUAGUUAUGUUAGAAGAAGCGUUUUAUCAGUUACAACAGGAAAGUUAACAAGAGUAUCACCGACAUUAAUGAGGUUAAAUGCUGGUCGAAUGAAUUUAUUGCCUAACGAAAAUUCUUACUGUCAAUCUUCAGAAUCAGAUAACGUCAAGGCGGAUUGGAUAAGAACAUCACAGUCAAAUGUCCAAAGUGUUAAGUCGGCUCAGUUAUAUCACAUAUCUGUUCCAGAUAAUUCAAGACCACAGCAUAUUUUUCGACUUGAAAGUUCGUUACAAAAUUCACCUCAAAAUUAUAAAGCAUUAGGAUUUAAAUUACUAAACGAUCAUUUCAGAACUGAAACUCACAAUUCACAUUAUUCACAAGGCUCUAAUAACGAGGUAAAUAAACUCCAAGAGCCAUUAUAUCAAACCACACUAUCUAAAAGCUCUGGAUCAACAAACACAUCAAUUAACCCUCACGUUCAAGGAGACCAUAAACUACUGAAUAAUUUAACUUUUAUACCAUCUAGUCAACAUAUCCUACAAAGAACAUAUUUUCCUGCUGUUUCUAACCAUCCAAACACUUCAGUUCAUCACCAAACUGGAAUACAAAGGAAUUUACAGACUAAUUCAAAUUACAUUCGUGUUGACACAAAUCACAAAUUAGGUGAAAGUUCACUUUAUGCACACUUAGGUAAUCAUAAAACUGAAUUUCAACACCUAAAUCCUGUUUGUGAAGCGAUCAAAAACAAAUCUCAAUUAUCUUGCCCCGAUUAUUCACGAUCUAUUCGGUGGGCUGCUGAAAAAGGUUUGAUAUCGGCUGCAAAACAGCAGCAAAUUCUCUGGGAAUCAUCAAGAGAGAAAACCUCUCCACUUCAGUUGAUGCAAUCACAUUCUGAAGAUCAUCAUCAGUCAGUUAUUAAUAGGGGUGAGAUAAAUCCAUCGAUUGUUAAUACACAUCAACGAGUGGAUAAUGAAAUUGGUCAAGAUCAAAAUAUUGAACAAGAUAAAAUUAUUCAUCAAUUGAUUCAAUCUAAUAAAGGUAGUAAAAUAAAUCAACAACAACCAUCAGUAACACAAAUUUCUGCUGCUGCAUCAUUUUUUACCAGAGCUGGUCAGAAACUUACAAUUACAAAUAAUUCAAAACGUAAACGUAAAAUUCUAUCUAAUGACGUUAUUGAUAUAAAUCAUUUAACUGGUUAUAAUACAUUAUCAACAUUAUAUCGUUACAAUCAACAAUCAAAAUGUUUGACAGGAUUUUCCGAAGUUAUCCAUCAUCAUCCACCUCCAAUGCCUCCAACACUUUUAAAAUGGAGUCGAAAUGGAACUAAUAAUUCUAUAUUAAAUAAUAAAACUGGUAAAGUCAAAAUUAUAUUACAAUUACGAUCUGAUCAUGAAAUUGAUAAAGGAUCACAACAAAAAAUUUCAUAUUUAACAGUAGAAAAACGAAAAAAUCAAGUUUGUUUAAAUGAUCCAAAUAUUAAUGGAAGUGAAUCAAUUACAAAUAUAAAAUGUUCAAAUUUACAUGGUCCAAAAUUGUUUGCAAUGGAUGGAAUUUUUACAGAAGAAGAUUCGAUGGCAGAGUUAUGCGCAUUUGCUCUAACCGAUAUUAUUCAAUCCGUUGUAAAUGGAUCCGAUGGUUGCCUUAUAUCAUUCGGUACACGUGAUUCAAUAAAAUCUAAUUCAAUGUUUGGUGAUGACAAACAAUCAUCUGGUCUUGGCAUUAUCCCUUCAGCUAUCUCUUGGUUAUUUCGAUUAAUCACUGAACAAAAAGAACGUACUGGUGCAAGAUUUUCUGUUCGAAUAUCUGCUGUUGAAGUGUAUGGUAAAGAGGAAGCACUUAGAGAUCUUCUCUCUUCUGUUUCUAAUACUACAGAUGCAGCAGGAGCAAAUGCACCUGGUGUUUACCUUCGUGAAGAUCCAAUUUCAGGCACUCAACUAGAAAAUCAAAGUGAACUUAGAGCACCCACAGCUGAUAAAGCAGCAUUUUAUUUGGAUUCUGCGUUAUCUGCUCGUUACCAAUCUAUAACAACUGAUGGUUCACCAGCAAAAUCUCUAACAGAUUCAUCACCUUUAGACUCUAAUUCUUCUAAUCCAGCAAUAUUAUGGAAAAGAAACUCACAUUUAUUUUUCACACUGCAUAUAUAUCAAUACAGAGUAGAAAGAAGUGGUAUCGGUUCUGGUGUCGCUGGUGGUCGGAGUCGGUUACAUUUAAUAGAUCUGGGAAAUACAAAACUAUCUAGAGAUAUUGAAACAGACAUUUCAGCGGAUACGGAUUCGCAGAAUUCAGAAAACAAACAAACAUCAACUUCAUUAAACGAUUCGGUGUUAUCACUUUCUUCCAUGACCUCAGUUGUCUUAGCAUUAAUCAAUGGCAAUAGACAUCAUCCUCAUAGAAAUAGUAAGCUUUCACAAAUGUUACGUGAAGCUAUUGGAAGUAUUGGUUGCCGAACAUGUAUACUUAUACAAACAUCACCAAAUGUAAAUUAUUAUCAUGAAAAUUUGCAGCUUUUACAGUUUGCAUCUAAAAUUCAAAGAAGUCGACGCCAUAGGACUCAUGAGAGAACAUUAGUAGGCAGUAGUUCAAAUAGCAGUGAGAUAAAUUCUAAGAUUGAUGAUCAGAAUACUAGUUCUGAAGACAGUUCUUCUUGUGAUAGUUUUGGUUUAAGGCGAGCAGGACGGUUACGUUUAAAUAUGGGAUUACGCUCAGCUAUGAAACGUUCAAAUGGAUACAAAGGAUUUUCUACAAAAUAUAGGCAUUAUGGGCCUGAUAGUCUCUUAAGUGUACCUGCUUCAUCUGAGAAAGAUUAUACAUCUAGUAGUGAACAAUCAUGUGAUACUGUUAUUUACUUAGGACGUCAAGGUCUACUGAGUCAUCAAUAUGAUCAAGAUGAUAAUCAGAAGAUACGUUCUCGACUUGGUAAACCAACAUCAGGAGCAAGUAUGGAUACAGGUUCAGAGGCAAGCAGUGGAAGUAAAGUGAAACAAUUUGAAGGACAACAAUUACAUGAUUCACCAGUUGGUUCGUCUGUUGGUGUAAGACGUGGUAGUGGAGGAGCUGAGAGCGGUUCCUUAGGUCAUUCAGGAAGUCAUACAAACUCUGGUGACCAUUGUUCACCACAAGCAGUACAUUCCAAGGAACGUAAAAGAUCAGCACCACGUACAAAUAUUUAUGCAUGGCCACGUAAUGCAGUGAAGAAUGCAAUUGAAACUUUAAGUACUCAAAAAGAACAAUGGGUUGACGGACCAAAAUCAGAUUUCCAUCCAUCCAACCCUAGUCAUCAAGCAUCUCAAACUACUACAAAUGCAGUAGCGAAACCAAGCAUGAUAGAUAAAGAAACUCAAGUUGAUGAACUAACUAAAACGUCAGUACAAGUGAUAAUUCCAUGUCAGUUAACAUCACAAGAAGAGUAUCAUCCAAUUAGUGCCAUCUGUACACAUACACAUCAAAAGGUUCCUGAAAAAGAUUAUUUGGAGCAAAAAGCUGAUGAAUUAUGUAAAACAGAACAUGAUAAACAAGUUCAAAAUAUUCAAAAAAAUGUAUCCAUCAAACCAAUUUCUUUAGAAAAGCCAAAUAUCACGUCUAAAUCUAACAAAAUAAGCCAAAUGGAAAGAAUAAUUGAUCAUUGUCCAAAUAAUGGAGAAGUACAGCAUGGCGAUACAACACUGAGCAGUCAAUGUUCAACAUGCGUUAUGGCUGGUUCACUUAUGAACCAGAGUAAUUUAACUGUAGAAACAGGUGAUUUAACAAGUAUAGUACCAAAUGGAAAUCAUAUCCAACUUGUUAAACCACAAUCAUUAGAAUCAUGGACUGUGAAUAACAAUACUAAUAAUAGUAAUAAUAAUCUAAAUGAUCAUGAAUUAAAUACACAAACAAAUUCUAUUCCUCAUACAUCUAAUGUAAAUCAGAUAACAAAUGUAAAUCCUAUUAUGAAACAAUCUUCUAAUGAAUGUUAUUUAACUAAAUCAUUUAUGAAUCAUAGUGAUACAAAUGCACCUAUAGCUAAAGUUAAACCAUUUGUUAAAGAUUGGAUUCAAAAGCAUAGCACAUUACCAAUAAAUACUACUAUGCAAGAAGAUUUUACCAAAACAAACGAAAAUCAUCAAUUACAAUUGAUGAAAUCAGAUGGAAAUGAAUUAUGCACCGUAAUAAAUGCAAAUCUUAGUAUGGCACUUGGAGAGAUUGGUAAUGAUGGUCAAUCUAUCAGACAUCAUAUAUUUCAUGGCAAAACAGAAUUCAUGAAGCCUGAAGAUAAUUCAUGCUCGAAUAUAUCUAAUUCAAAAGCACUUAGUAAUGCAUUAUUCGGUAAUGUUGCUCUUCAGUCGAAACAACCGUUCAUUAAUUCUCUUCAGACAUCUUCAAACUUUGCAAGAAUAGCCGCCUGGGUUAAGUCAGUCUCUGUUGAAACUUACAACACACAGGAAAGUGGCCUUAACCAGUCGGGUGAAAGUAAUGUAAUGAUUAAACCUCGUGAAUCUUCGACAAAUAUUUGCACAAACGCUAAACAUGACCCGUCAGCUCACCACCAAACAUGCUAUUGCAGCAAUAAUUCCCAAAAUGAGAUUAUGUUUUCUGGAGAAAGUAAUUUUAUCUCUCAUCAAAUGACACGAUCUAGAGUGUGUAAUUAUGAAAAUGCUAUAAUACAAAGUCCGCAAUGUAUGAAAAUCAGUAAACUACGCCGUGGAAGGUCUGUACCACCUAACUCAAUCCAGGAAGGUUGUCAUUCUGAACUCCCUUGUCCAUUUGAUGAAUGCACUAAGCAGGAUUCAGUCACUGCCUCCGAAAGAACAACUGUUCCACUACCGAUUUCUGUCUCUUCUGGUCCGCUUUAUGGAAAGGAAGAAAAACUCAACAUAUCUAGAAAAAGUGACAGAGACAUACCAUCUUCAAGACGACCUGAUGGAUCAUCCAACCCACAUUUACAUAAAGAACCACAAGGAGCUUCUGAUACUCAAAACAUAGUAUCAUGUGAUAAUAAAACUCAGUAUAACAGUGAUAUAUUUGACGAAAAAUUAUCACACCAGCCAACUGGAUUUUGGGCAUCCUCAAAAAAGUCUCAUUUUCGUAUUAAUACAAAACCUUUUCAUGGAGAAACUGUGGGAUUUUCUCCUACAACAACUAGUCAGUAUUCUAACACACAUGUUAAAACUUCUCCUUUACGAAAAACAUGCUUUUCACCGGAAACAAAGAAAAAAUCAAGCAAAUUACAUCAAGAGAAUGAAUCACAUUUACUUGUUUGUACUUCUCCAAAAUCAUCCAAAUGUCAAAGAACUCAUAGUAUUUGCUCUUCCACAGAAAGUGAACAUUCUUUCAAUAAGAAUGAUGUAUUUUUAGAUAGUUGUACUAUUCAUAAAUCUGAUCAUGCACAAAAUGAUGAUAGCAUCGGGACGAAAUCAAAUAUUUUACAAACUACCGUAGGAAAAAAGUUAUCAAAAGAAAUUCGUACUAAAACAAGUAAAGGACGGUUAAGCUUUUUGACAAGUCCAUUAUUUGGGAAGCGUAAAGAGAAAGAGGCGAAAUCUUCUGAAACAGCAGUUGUAAAAGAUACAAAACAUAUUGACCAUCAAACUGUAAAGAAUUUUGACUUACGUCUUAAACCACUAACUAAAGAUUCUGAUCAUUCCAAUCAAAACAAACAUUCUUCCUCUCAGGUUGAUACGCCUGAGUCUCAAACACGUAUAAGAUGCAUUCGUAGGGAUAAAUCAAGUUCUAAGCACAUACAAUCAGAAAAACAACAUAAUUCGAGUAAGAAUACACUAUUAUCUAAUGCACAUGCUACUAACAUUCCACUCACAUUCAACACUUCAAUGGCCUCCACAAAAAUUUCUUCUAUGCAAUCAAGUAGUGGACAUGGAAGUGAAUGUAGUAGUAGUUUACUUACUGAACACACUAGUGCUUGGAAUUCAAAAGCAGAACCUAAUACAUCAUUACGAUGUCGUUGCAAAAGACAUCAUCACCAUCAUCAUACUCAUCAACAUCACCAUCAUUCAGGAAAUGGACAAAGAUGUCAUAGAUGUUUUCAGUUGUCACAUGCAUGUCGACCAGACCAUCAUAAUAAUAGAAAAUGUGAGGCAGUAAGUGAAACAAGAAGACCAGCUGAUGGUAAGAGAAGUUCAGAAAGUGGUAAUUCGGUUAGUGGCCACAGAAAAGUUGAAAACAAAGAAACAGAAGAGCAUGACAAACAUUGUAAUGAUGGCAAAGUUCUUCUUGAAUCAUUUGAAACCGGUAAGUUGUCUAUUGGCAUCCCAUCUUCUAAUAUAUCUGGCUCUGGUCCUCGUCGAGGAGGUGGUCACGCAAGUAGUGGUUACGAGAGUAUUGUGAGGGAUAGUGAGGCUUCAUCACACGCUGAUUCUACCAGUGGUAGCUCUGCUGGAGGAGUUGGUGUUAUCACUGCGAAUGUUAAGAAGAAUAAAACUAUUCCUCAAAAACAUUGUACGACACAAGAAUACUGUGAACAUUGUCAUAGAAUUAAUCAAACAAAUGUAUCACUAGAUGAAAGAAUAAAAGAGUCACAAGUAAUUCAAAGUAGUAAUAUGAAUAGUUAUUGUAAAGAAGAGCUAGACAAAAAUGAACCAUCUAUUCAAAGCAAUAGUCAUAAAAUUCAUUAUAAUCUACAAACUGUACAGAGAUUACACACUUCUAAAAUCGAUUCAGAUGUAAAUAAUCAAGAGUUAUCGUGUCAAGGAUUUCAACAAAUUCACUUGACAUCACCAUCUAAGCAGUCUUCUCAACAACAUUCAACAAAUUCAAAAUCCAGUGCAACAUCAAAAACUGUAACUUCUCAAUCUCACUCAUCAUCAUCUACCUCACAUAGAAGUCGUUCAGCUCCUCCUUGUUCAGAAGAUACAUCUGAAGAAACAUCAAGUAGUCCAAUUAGUGUAAGAUAUGUUUCUAAUAAACCAAGUGAAAAUCUUUCAUCUCAAAUUUCAACAAAUGUUAAGAAUUCUGUUCUCGAAAAUUCUUCAAAUGUUUCAUGUAUUCUCCCAAUGUAUGCAGAAGAAGUACAAGAAAUGGAACGUCAAAUACGAUAUGAAAAAACAUAUGAUUUACUAGCACAACAAGAUAUGCUUAAAAUGGAAUUGAUGACAGCUAAAGAUCGUCUUCUUAUUGAUCCUUCUACAUGGAGUUUUGAUCUUUAUGUUGCUGAACAAAUGGAUCCAGAUGAUCCAAGCUUUUUAGAAGCAUUAGAAAAAGAAACAGAAAUUUUACGUAAACGUGUUGAUGCUUGUAAAUCACAUAUUAUGCUUAUUACAUGCUUUGAUACACAAUUCAAAUCUGGACAAUUAUCUAAUGUAAUUAAUAAUUCUAGAAUGAAUCAAACUAUCAAUAUCACAUAUACAAAUACAGAUUUAAAUUAAAUUUCUAUAUUAUAAAUUUUUAGGAAAAAAGAUAUAAAAAUAUACUAAUUCAUAUUUCUAUUUAUUAAACAAUAUGUUACUAUACAUAUAAGUUAUCAUUAUAAAUAAUAAAAAAAUUGUACAGUAAUAAUCAAUUAAUCAAUAUCCCGGAUAAGUUUUUCUAUUGAAUGAUUGAAUUAUUUAUUGAUUAUAUUAUCAAUAAAAUAAAAUAAUAUUGAUUUUUAUUUUAAACAUUGUACAACAUAAAAAUAAAUAAAUUGAAAUUCAAUUGCUUAUUUCACAUGACAACAAAUGGUUAACAUGGAAGAACAAAAAAAUAUAUUAAAAAGAGAGAAGGAAAGAAAGAAAGAAAAAAAUAGAGAAAAUAUUCAUUUUUUUCUUCUUUUUAUGUAAAAUAUCAUUUAAUGAAAAACUAAAAUAAUAAUAAAAAAAUUUUUUUCUGUUUUUUACUAAAAUUU